UCAGAUUAGCCUCCAGGCUUCACUCCCUCCCUCCAAGAUCCAACAUUCAAGGCUUCAACUCAAUCAAUCAUCAAUCGAUCUUCAAUCUUCAUCAAGAACUGGUCACGGCACAUAAUCGAUUCACUCUUCUUUAAUUAAUUCGUAGCUUUUGGUAACUUCUUUAUUUAAUAGUGAAGGUCACACUGGUCACGGCACAUAUCUUUUUACUUGCUGUUUGUUUGCUGCUGUCCGUGAAGAAGGCGGGUGAAAGCACAACAAAUGGGCAAGACAAGCAAAGAUUCAGAUGCCAUGCCUGCAAAGAUGGAAAAGAGUUCAUUAAAAAAUAAGGCCAAGACCAACGAUCUGUGGCAUGUUGGUGACAAACUUGAAAUAAAUGGUGAUCUCUUGACGGAAAAAGGUAAUAAGCUUAGGCAGAAGAAAAGAAAAUCGGAAACAGUUGAAGGUAGAGAUGAAGAUCAAGAGGAUAAGGGUAAUUUGUUAAAUGAUGGUGAUUUACCAAAAAAGGAUAAGAAGAAGAGGAGAAGAGCCUUUUCUGAAAAAGCACAAAUCGAAGAAAAUGAACAGGGCCAAGAUGAUGGACCUGCUGUAGAGAGAGAUGGUGAUCAAAAAGUGGUUAAAAUAAAAAUCAGUGAUGGGAAUGGAGGUGGAAUGUCUCUGGAUAAUUGCCAAGGAGAUAUGAUCGGGAAAAUGGGUAAGAAAAAGAAGAAGAGAACAGACACUCGAAAUCGAGAUACUGAAAUGAUUGGGAUUAUGACCGAGGAAUCAACUCUCAAGACACAAGGUACAGAAGAUCAACAUGACAAGAGUAAUUCAGCUAAUGAAGGUGCAGGUGAAGAUCAAUAUGAUAGGGAUAAUUUGGUAAAUGAUGGUGAUUUACUGAAGAAGGAUAAGAAGAAGAGGAAAAGAGAUUCUUCUCAACAGGCACAUGUUAAAGAAAACCGACAGGGUCAAGUUGAUGAAGCUACUGUAGAGAAAGUUUGUGACCCAAAGCCGCAAGAAAAAGCAAUCAGUGAUGGGGACGGAGCUAAAAUAUCCAAAGAGGAUUGCCAAGAAGUUAUCUUGGAGAAAGCCGAUAAGAAAAAGCAAAAGAAGAAGAAGAAGAUGACUGACCGUCAAAGUUCGGGUACUAAAAUGAACGGGAUUUUGGCUGAGGAAUCAACUCUCAGGACAGGUACAGAAGUCAACAAAGGUAUAAAGAACAAUUCUGUUGAACACAAUUCCGAGAAACAAAUAGUCAAAGGUAAAGGUAUUAAAGUGACAACCACGCCUGUGAAGAACAUGGAGGAACCAAAUGCAAAAGGAAAAUCCAAGAAAGUUAGCUUCUCGGGUCUUGUAGAGGUCUUCCCAUCAUCAGAUACUCAAACAGAAACAGAUACUCAAACAGAAACAGAUGGUCUGCUUCGGGCUGCUAGAUUUACUCCAGAGGAAGACAAGAUUAUAAAAGAAGCCGUUCAUAAUUUUAUAGCAGCUAAUAACUUGGGAGACAACGGUAUAGAGAUGGUCCUGGAUAGUAAGAAACACGGAUUGAAAAAAUGUUGGCAAGAUAUUGCAACUUGCAUACCGUACCGUCCCUAUACAGCUGUCUACUGCCGAGGCCGUAAUUUGUUAGCAAGUAGCAAAACCCGUGGAUGGACACCCGAAGAGAUUGAACAGUUGAUGGAACUUCAUAAAAAAUAUGGUAAGGACUGGAAGAAGAUAGGGCUAGAACUCGGGAGACAUAGGAUUCAUGUCAAGGAUGCGUGGCGAAGACAUAAGUUUGAGAAUAAAAAGACAGGAGCAUGGAGUCAAGAAGAGUACCAGAAUUUAUUUGACCUCGUUAACUUGGAUUUGCAAAUGAAAAUUAAUGGCGAGAAAAAGUCAAAGCACGGGAUGCUGAGAGAUAAUAUUCCCUGGUCUGCAAUUAGCGAUAAAUUAUUAACCAGGUCAAAUCCAAUAUGUUGCAGAAAGUGGUAUGAUCAGUUGCGAUCAUCUUUGGUGGCUGAAGAGAAAUGGAGUGAAACUGAUGAUUAUAAGAUGAUUGGUGCACUUUAUGAACUUGAUGCUGCUUGUGUUGAAGAUGUAGAUUGGGAUAAUCUUCUCGAGCAUAGGCCAGGUGAUAUAUGUAGAAAAAGAUGGGAACAAAUGGUUAAACACAUAGGCCAUAAGGGCAAGCCAUUCGCUGAACAGGUUGACACCUUGGCUCAACGUUAUUGCCCAGAUUUAGCUGACAUCAGAGAGGCUUGGGAUAAGAAACCUCUUGUUCCAUGAGGUUCGUGUUCUUUUUCCUUGUAAUACGAUCAUUAGCCUUAAAAAUUGUGUUCAAUCUAUUAAUUAUCAUUUUUUUUUUAUAUAGAUGUGUAUGUCAGAUUGGCAAAUCUGGUAUAUCGAGCACUUUAUGGUGUUUUUUUUGGUACUAAAAUCCUUGUUUUAAACUAUGAAAUAUUAUACAUACUAUUGCUAACAA